AUGAUUGAGAUGGACGAUAUAGGAUUGGAACUGGUUAUUGGGAUUUCAGUGGGAGUUGUGAUUGGAGUGGUGUUGGGUAUAUUUGGUUUCUUAUGCUUGAGGAAACAGAGGAGGCUACCUGAUUUGGAUAGGAUAAUUUCUUCCCAGAGAGUUGGAACUGUCUCUCUUGGGGAGACCAGCGAGACUCUUGCAGUUAGAGUUCUUGCAGCUAAUUCAAGGCACCAAGAAAAGGAUUUCCUAUCUGAGGAGUUUUUGCUAGGAAGAGUGCACCACAGGAACCUUGUGAAUUUGGUGGGAUAUAGCAUCGAGAAAGGACAUCGUAUGCUUGUUUAUGUUUACAUGAGAAAUGGUAGUCUUGAUUCUCAUUUAUAUGGGUCUGAACAGUUGAUCCGUGUAGCCUGCAUUGUUUGCGUACCUUCAAUUGUACACAGUGACAUCACAUCUUCUAACAUUCUGUUGGACAAGUUGCUGACUUCGGGCUCUCCAGAGGAGAUGUUUAGCCCACAUUCACAAAGUAUCCGAGGAACUUUAGGUUACGUUGAUCCUGAGUAUCUAUCAACAAGGACCUUUACUAGAAAAGGUGAUAUUUAUAGUUUUGGAGUAUUGCUCUUUGAACUAAUUGCAGGAAGGAAUCCAUGUCAAGGCCUUAAGGAAUAUGUUGAACUUGCCGCAAUUAGUGCUGAAGAUAAAUUUGGGUGGGAAGAAAUCGCGGACGCUCAUCUUGAUGGAAAAUUUGAUGCACAAGAACUCAAUAACAUUGCCGCUGUUGCUUACAAAUGCGUCAAUCGUCCUUCAAGAGAGCGUCCUUCAAGCGUAAUCGAUGACUAA